AUGUCGGAGCAAAGGCAACGUUCCCUGUCCACCUCAGGAGAGGCCCUCUACCUAGUCCUGGGCCUCGACAAGACCUGUACACCGGAUGACAUCAAGAAGUCCUACAGGUACACACACACACACACACACACACACACACACACACACACACACACACACACACACACACACACACACACAAAAUCCUUGCUCCUUGUGUGUUUGUGCAUGUGCAACCCAUUUAAAGAUGUAGUUGUUGUCUUGAAGCGAGGACCCACCAUUUGGAGUCAUUGGCUUUGUAGAGUACCAGACAAACAACAGAUAACAGAUAACUUUAUGCCUCAAUGGAGAAACUGGACUGCAUAUUACAUCACUGAAAGCAAACCUUCAGCAUGUUGACCCAUAUAAAAUGUUUCAUCCAUAUAACUCGAAAUAAUGUAAUGCUAUUGGAUUUUUGUUUGUAUACAAAGAUCCUUUUCUCCAUCGAAGCAGGUUAUACAUUGAUCUGUAACCAUGCAAAACAAAUGUCAUGUAACAACCAAUGGUUGUCUAUGGAGGUCAGAGGGAAUCAUUUUAAUGGGACGUUUUUCAGGAGAAAUGUGGCACAAAUGUAGAAAAAUAAUAACUUUGUGACACAGACAGUGACUGACUGUUACAAGACCUUUUAUAAUCACAGCCAGUGAUUGUCAGACAGCUGCAUGAAUACAAUAUGACUUCCAUAAAACUAAAAUAUUAAUACUACAGAACAGAUGGUACCCCUCGUUGUACUCAGUUCAUAUCAAGUGUGUGUGUGUUUGUGUGUGUGUUUGUGUGUGUGUGUCCCACACACAAGCGUGGGUGUACUUGGAAGCUUGUCACAACCUGUUGGGAAUUGUAUGACCCUAGCAUUAUGGCAGCAGACAAAUUGCUAUGUACCCACACAACAAGUACUACCUCAACCUUACAAUAAAAUAGCAGGACAGACUUCCUAUAACAUGGAGAGCUGCUGAUAAAAACUCACUGGUCUCAGUACUCAAUCUUAAUAUGGUUAUUGUGUUUUAAUGUUAGUAUGACAGAGGCCUUUGAUGCUUAGACCUAAUCAAAAUCAAUUUUCUUAACCCAAGCCGUUGUCAAUUAUAUUUGAUCAUGUAAUUAUACAUUUGAAUGUAGAUUUUGUUUAGGAUAACUAUUUUAUCCUAUAACCUAUAUUUCAGUCAAAGUAUGCCUGUCAAACCCUUGUUCAUACCUUGACUUCUCUCUCAUUCACCAAUACAUUUCCAUUAGAGGCAUUCCAACAUGUAGUAAGUCAGAAUCUAAUGACUUAUAAUAUAAAUUCACUUCAGACUCAAGUCAUACACAUGCCAUCACAAUUAGUAGUUAUUAAUUAAUUGCUCUAAUUGGAAUUCACUUUCAGGAACCAUCCAAAUGGUUAGUGUUUGAACAGCCCUUGUUUGUUGUUAAUGAAUAUGUAAUCAAAGCAGCGUUUUCAGAGCCUCUUGGCUUCAUUAAAAAUGAACAAGCAGACGUGCUUCGGAGCAUCAUGAAAUGUUGAUGAGAAAUUAUAAUUUACAGCAAAAAAGAGAGACAGAAAAAAAGAAAUUAUGUAAAACUGACUGUAGUUAUAUUUAUUUAAUGGUGUCCGUCAACCAAGGGUUCCAAUGGACCUAAUGCCAAAAAAACAGUAACAACUGCAGUUGAAGCCAAAAUCGCAGACUGGUACACCAUGUAUAGUACUGGGCACCAGCAUUUAGCUCAGUGUUUCAGUUCACUAUAUACUGUAGGUUAAAUAUUUACACAUUCUCAAGCCUGACUUAGAAGAUUUUAAAUUGUGCUAUACACGCUAUUACAACUUGUUUUUGGCUUAUUGAACUAAUGUACCAAUGCCUGGCAGGUGUGUGUGUUGAUGGGUGUGAGGGAUGAGGGUUCUGACCCCACUUUUGUCCCUAGGUGCUGACUGGAUCUGAUUUACAGGUCUUCAGAGUGUAAACAGGAAUGCAUUUAGUGAUACACCUCCCCCCUCAGAAUACACUGAAACAUGGGGAAAGAUCUAAACUUGGAACUGGGAGAUAAUACUGACGCCUCUUACUGAAGGCAUUAGAAAAGACCAUAAAGUAACAAGAAUUUCGGAGUGCAUCAUCUUUUCAAUUUCGUAAUAUUUAUUCCUAUUUAGAAAACUUGCUUUGAAAUAUCAUCCAGACAAGAACCCAGAGAACCCGAACGCCACAGAUAAAUUCAAGGAGCUCAAUAAUGCCCACUCCGUGCUGUCCGAUGCCUCCAAGAGGAACAUCUACGACAGCUAUGGCUCCCUCGGUCUGUAUGUGGCACAGCAGUUUGGAGAGGAGAACGUCAACGCUUAUUUCAUGCUCUCCAGUUGGUGGGCAAAGGUGGGUUUCGCCACCUAGAAAUUGUGUGUGUGUGUGUGUGUGUGUGUGUGUGUGAAAAAGGAAAUCUAGUCUAUGUUCAUGUGUUAAUAGUGAAUGGUCUAUGUCCAUCCCCCACACAGGGUCUGUUUGCGGUCUGCGGCGUGCUAACAGGCUGCUACUUCUGCUGCUGCCUGUGCUGCUGUUUUAACUGCUGCUGUGGGAAGUGUAAACCCAAAACUCCUGGAGAGGAGGACCCCGACACCUACGUGUCCCCUGAAGACCUGGAGGAGCAGAUCCGCACAGACAUGGAGACAGGUGAGCAAAUAAAAUAGAAUUGUCACAUGCGCCGAAUACAACAGGUGUAGACUUUACCGUGAAACCAACCCUUUCCCAACAAUGCAGAGUUAAAAAAUGAAGAAAAUUAGCACAAAAAAAAGAGGAAACAGUAACACAAUAAAAUAUACAAGGGGUACCGGUACCGAGUCAAUGUGCUGGGGUAUGAGGUAGUUGAGGUGAUUGAGGUAAUAUGUACAUGUAGCUAGGGAUAAAAGUGACACAGCACAGUUACAAUGUUCAGGGUUUCAUAACAGACAGAUAAGGUGAGCCCCACUGAGAAGGAUGAAGUUGCCCUUUGACACUGAUCUGAGGUCAGUGUUGCAUUUCAUCUUCCUAAUGGAUACAGUUAGGACUCUGGGAUGGUAAGCUGAUCCUAGAUCUGUGCCUAAGGGCAACUUAUACCCUGAGCAAGCCUCACACACUAUCUCUCACUGCUUCAGAAUUAGCCUAUAGCUCGCAGUUGUAUUAUCCAUCUGUUGAAACAACAGCAGCAACCCCCUUAAUAAGCUCUGCCUACAUCACUCUCCUACCCUAUCAAUACUACCUCAUCUAUUAAAGGAAAAGCAUUUGAUGCUGCAAUGUGACUUUGAUGCUAGAGCACAAAGACAGUGGAAUGGCACAGACAAGCUUUAAAUGUUUUCUCAAAUGCACCAAGUCAGCCAGUUAAUGAAAAUAAAUGUACUUGAUAUAUUUGUGCCAGAUGUUUGGAUAUGAUACAUUGCUCUGGUGCCAGUUAGCUGUGGGAGGGUGGGGUGUGUGUGUUUUUUCCCCAUGUCUCUGCAGUUCUCCAACACAACUGAUAAUUACUGCCUCUGACUCAGGUCUCUGAAUGUGUUUCCAUAGCAGUUAUUUUGAGCCCCAUCUCAUGAUUCAUGGGAAACAAUGGCCUUGGUUUCAGGCACUCACUGCAAAGUCUCAGCCCCCAUGGGGGGAUGAUGAGAUGGCCUACUCAUGUAUUUGGCUUCGGAACACAUUGCUUAUGAUCACAUAUUUAUUGUGAGAAUUUAUCAAUAUGAAUUGGACCUACUACUGUAGGCAUAGCCCAUGGUAAUUGAACUGAUUAACGGGGACUUUAUAACCAAAGUUGUAAAACUGCCCUUCAAGCCAGCCAUGCUGUGACACAGUGUGCCCAGUCUGUGGUGCCAAAAGGACAACCAGCAGCAGGAGGCAGGAGGCUUGACACAUGUAGCCGUCACCUCCUCACGACAGGACAGUCAAGACAUCCCCCAGUCUCAACAGGAACAGCUGUACUAUAGAUAGUGUACUAGGCCUAUUUUUAGGAAGAUUUUGGAUAUGCCAUAUUUUCUUAGUUCUGUGCAACAUACUGUAACAACGUAAACGGAUGCACUGAUGAACUGAUCUUACCCUCUCCAGACGCUGACGACGUCCCCAUAAUACAGCAGCCAACCAAUGCAAGCGAGAAGACCGGGUUGAUUGGUGACGGACGACGGGCCUAUACCUAA